GUGGGUCGCCAUGGGGACGGGGCUGUUCCCGAGGAGGCUGUGAUGGGUUGACAGGUGCGUGACAGUGGGAGCUGCUCUCGGCACAAGCAUGUACGGCAAAGGCAAGAGUAACAGCAGCGCCGUCCCGUCCGACAGCCAGGCCCGGGAGAAGUUAGCACUCUACGUAUAUGAAUAUCUGCUCCAUGUAGGAGCUCAGAAAUCGGCCCAAACAUUUUUAUCAGAGAUAAGAUGGGAAAAAAACAUCACAUUGGGGGAACCACCAGGAUUCUUACAUUCUUGGUGGUGUGUAUUUUGGGAUCUCUACUGUGCAGCUCCAGAAAGAAGGGAAACAUGUGAACAUUCAAGUGAAGCAAAAGCCUUCCAUGAUUAUAGUGCUGCAGCAGCUCCCAGUCCAGUGCUAGGAAACAUUCCCCCAGGAGAUGGCAUGCCAGUAGGUCCUGUACCACCAGGGUUCUUUCAGCCUUUUAUGUCACCUCGGUACCCUGGAGGUCCAAGGCCCCCACUGAGGAUACCUAACCAGGCACUAGGAGGUGUCCCAGGAAGUCAGCCUUUACUUCCCAGUGGAAUGGACCCAACUCGACAACAAGGACAUCCAAACAUGGGCGGGCCAAUGCAGAGAAUGACUCCUCCCAGAGGAAUGGUGCCCUUAGGACCACAGUCUGACCCUUGGUUAUCAUUACAGAACUAUGGAGGUGCAAUGAGACCCCCACUGAAUGCUUUAGGUGGCCCUGGAAUGCCUGGAAUGAACAUGGGUCCAGGUGGUGGUAGACCUUGGCCAAACCCAACAAAUGCCAAUUCAAUACCAUACUCCUCAGCAUCUCCUGGGAAUUAUGUAGGUCCUCCAGGAGGUGGAGGGCCUCCAGGAACACCCAUCAUGCCCAGUCCAGCAGAUUCAACCAACUCGGGAGACAACAUGUACACUUUAAUGAAUGCAGUACCUCCUGGACCUAACAGGCCUAAUUUUCCAAUGGGCCCUGGUUCAGAUGGACCCAUGGGUGGAUUAGGAGGGAUGGAGUCACAUCACAUGAAUGGCUCUUUAGGCUCAGGAGAUAUGGACAGUAUUUCCAAGAACUCUCCCAAUAAUAUGAGCCUGAGCAAUCAACCGGGCACUCCAAGGGAUGACAGCGAAAUGGGGGGAAAUUUCUUAAACCCUUUUCAGAGUGAGAGUUACUCCCCUAGCAUGACAAUGAGUGUGUGAUCCAUUACCAAGUCUCCUCAUGAAAACCACAGUGAGUCAGCCCUUCACAGAACUACUAGGGAAGAAAACUACUCAUCACAGUGUACAGUUAAGCAAAGGAAUCUCAGUCACACCAAACCAACAUUUUUAUUUCCUGCUCUCUCCCCUAUUUUGUGAAGAAAGCGGGUCCAAACGUGAUUCAAACAACUGUACGGAGCGGCAUAUUAGAAUUGCCCUAAAAUGAACUGCAAAUAAUUAUCUGUGUAUGUAUAUGUGUGGGAAAGAGAAUGUAUUGUAUAUGUGUAUGUUAUAUGGACAUAUACACAUGCAUACAUUGACCCACAGGACAUUGUAAAAUAUUAUCACAUGACAUCUUAAGUAGAAAUAAGUAGGGACUUUUAUUCCAUCCUUUUUUUCACGUUUACAUUUUAAUUAUUAAAAGUUGCUCCUGCCCCUCCCUCAACUAUUUUGUGCUGUGUAUAUCACUGCUUUAUAUAAGUUAUUUUUUAAGGUGAACUCAGAUGUUAUGGUUUUGUAAAUGUCUGCAAUCAUGGAUAGGAAUAAAAUCGCUUAUUUGAGAGCUUUCAUUAAAUUGCGUCUGAUGCACGUUACCCUGUGAAUCACAAAGUGUACUGUCUCAAAAAAAAGAAGAAGAAGAAGAAAACUGUGUCUUCAUCUUUAUGUCAAAUCAAUUUCUCAGUUACCUUCAGUGAAAAUAUUUUUGUAUCCUUUGUUUAAAACAAAAUACUUCAACAAAAGCCUAACUGGGACCAACAGUACAUUUCUUCAGUAACUGCUUUAGAUGGAAUUCUUGAUUUGUCUGUCUUAGGUGAUACAGAACAUUAUUAAUUAACACUAAUUGCUUAGACCAUAGCAAUAAAGUGACAGGGCUUGUCAUGUUUUUAGCAACAUACUUUCUCUUUAACAUGAUAAAGACCAGAAGUAAUAAGAAAACCAUUUGCUUGAGUUUGUCACUUCUCACCAGGAAAACUAAAGGUAAAUUUUUAAUAACAUACUAAUGUGAAAUGGUAUCUGAUUUUUAUUCUGACUUCUUGUGAACAUUUUCACAUAGACAUUGCAAAGAAGAUGCAUUCAAAUAACUGAGAUUUUCAACAUAAGGAGGAAGGGCUUUUAUCACAGCCAAGGGGCUCUGGAGCGCUGCCUCUCUAGCCAGGGAUCUUGCUCACCAGCAGCAGAUCUGGCUGGUAACCGUCCCUUCUGUGUACACCUUUGCACGGGUAGCAGAGCACCUGCUCUCGCCCUGGGAUGUAGAGCUUUUGUUCAGAGGGAAAUCAUUCAGCGUAAUUGCACUUCAUUUGGCCAUUGACUUCAGCAGGCUAAAUCUACGUUGUGUAACUGUUCAGAAAUAAAAUGAGUAAAUAUUAGAAAAUAAAUCUUUAAACCACUUUUCUUAUGAAAGCCCCUUGCUCUGUGGCACCUUCCAGAUCUUUUGGAGCUUUUCUGUGUAAUCAUACAUACAGACAGCAAAAAUCAUGAUACAGCAGUGUGACAACUUUCAUGUAGACUCUAAAAGAUAAGUUGGUGGUCGUUUCUUGUUAAGAUUGUGAUGCAAAUAGCCAUUGAUAAACAACAAUUAUAUUUCUAAACUCCAAGCACUAAAAAGCAUUGUUUAAUACCAGAUGAGAGGACUCCUUUCUUUAGGCUUAUGGUCUCUAACAUGAAAAUUUGGCAGUGUAUUUGCUAGUUACUGAUCCCAGAUGACUUAUAUCUCUCAAAUUUGUAAUGGUUUACUCUUUAUGAAAAUAAAUGUUUGCCUGUGCGUGACAGGGAUGCUGGGUAGAGCUGCUGAAGGGAAAAAGACAGGCUGAAUUAAAUUGAUGUUCCAGAUUUAAAUUCUAAUGAAAUGAGUCACCAUUAAUCGGAGAGUGUGCAGGAAUCUGGGGCUGGGCACUGGAGAACAGCUUCAAGCUUUCAAGAACUUUCAUGAAGAAUUCAAACUAAAGGGUCUUUAACUCGAGCGAAGGUAACCUGAAGGUGACACUUUGUGCUGACACAUAAAUCUACCAAGAAUAAUUUUAACUUUCACUGUUUGUGAUGACUGUGUGACACUGACAGUCCUAUGAUUAAGCUUAAUCUAGAAUUUUCAGAUGUUUGGUUGAGUCUUUGUUGUUACUGAUCUUGAAUUUCUUUUUUUUUUUUUGCCUUCUACGAAGGUAUUAUUUCUUAUUAUCACAAAGAAUCAUGGACCUUAUUUUACUUGACCUUUAUUUUAGGGGUAAUAUUGGAUAUGAAUAUCAAUAUGGGUCAGAUUAUUUCUAUCCUAUUUGGUCAAAAAAAGUAAAAUUUGAUUUUUUUCCACAUAAUCAACUUAUCAUAAUAUUUAUUCAUUUUUUUCUCUUGGAACCCAGGUGAAAAAUAGCUAGUUCAAAUUUUUUAAAUUCUUGAAAUAGUUGAAAAUUUAUUUUUAAAAAGAAAAUUAUAUUCAAGAAAGUCAGAAAAGAAGGAUACUUAAUUUUAAUAUAAAAUAAAUUUCUUGUGUACCAAAUGGAGGAUACGAUAUCUGUAUAUUAAUUUUUGUUUAGGUUUGAAUCAUUUGAACCCUCCCCUUUUAUAAUAAGACUACUUAAUCCUUUCUCUCAUGUUUUUCAUCUCCAUCCAUUCGUUUCGUCUUGAUACAAAAUAGCUGUUCCUGAGUUAUUUUACAUACUUCACCUCACAGUAAUAAUGCAAGUAAUUCUUGCCUACCUUGAAUGUAUAAAAUACUCAUAUGAAAUGUGAAAGUAAGCAAUAGGUAAAAACAUUACUUCUCAUUACUCAGCUUUGCAUUCCGCCUAACUGACACCAUUGAAGAUACAUGUUAAAUCCUUUCUAAGGAUCCUUUAACAUAUUCAUAACCAGCUGUCUUUCUUAUAGUCACAUUGCCACGGGAACAGAAGCUGCGGAGGGCCAUUGAUUUGGUGACACACACGUUCGAUGGGUGAACCUUUGUGCUCCUUUUCAAGUGUCCAGUUUGGACUCAGUUGCUAAUGACUAGGAGUUACACAGCUAGGAGUAUGAGGUUAAGAUUUCUGUACUGCCCAAGAUGACCACAUUAAUGUUGCUCCCUGAGCCAUGGAAAGUUCCCAAAACACUCCUUUCCUUCUAGGAAUAAAAUAGAGACAACUUCUAAUUCUGUUUGUGUGAAUCUCCAACAUAUCUGAACUCUGUCACAUUUCAUAGGACCAUUCAGUUACCACUUUUCCUAUAGAUUAAAAGAUAGCCGAUGAAAUAAGUGAGUUCCAUUUGGGACAUGAGGAAGCCCUACAUCUGUCCACACCGUUUCUUCACAUUGUCAUCCUGAAACCAUUCAGUAAAGCAUCCGGAACUGCUCCCUUGGCAGAAGGUUUGUCCCGGCCCUUCAUACCCUGACAUCUUGUUUCUUCCUUGGCUUUCUCCAUGCACCCCCGCCCAGCCCCUGCACUCUCCAGCAGAAACAAGACACAGACUGAACCCUUUUUACCUCCUUAGCCCUUAACAAUUUUCUUAUUCAUGUAGUAUAUAGUUUUCCCAGGGGAAAUCACUGCAAUUUACAUUUCUUGAUUAUUACUGUUAAUUAGAAACAGUGUCACAAAUCAUAGCUACUUCAUUUUAGAAAGCAUGAUAGUAUUUUGACACUGGGUUUUGCUUCAUUUUUUGUGUUAAUAUACUAUAAUUCUCUUUCCAUAAAAAACACUAACUGAUACAAGUAGUGCAAAAGUGUGUAAUGGGAGAAGUUCAAUAUGGAGGGGAAAAAGUUGCCAGAAGUAUUUUCCAAAAGGUGGAUUAGUCCUUUUUCUUAACCCCCCAUAAGUGAAGUAAGUUUCUUAUCCGCUAUGAGGAGCAGGAGUCCGUGUUUGCUUGUAGUACCCAGUUGUAAGGGGCUCCCUGGGCCUGUGAACCAAACCUGGAGAAAUUCUGGAAAAGUAAAAGGAAGAAUGGUGAACCACUAUGAAUACACUUCCAUUUUACAUAGUAGACGUGUGUGUGCGUGCACAUGUGUGUUGAGGUGGUACUGUGAAGUUUGCUCUCAAAACACUCCCACUAUGAUUUACAUUAUGUUACAGCACAACUGGUUACUAUUAAACAUAAUUCUUUCAUUUGAUUUCUUUCUAUUUCAUUAGUAAAGAAGGUGAUGAGAGGGAUUUGGGAUGAAAAGAGUAGUACAAGACAUAAGCAGAUGGAGCUCCUAUGCCCAGCAUUAACACACCCCUUAGCUUAUCCACAUUAGGCCUCCUUAUGAGGGUGCUGCAUCUGAAGGUAAUCAUUUAAUCAUUGGUCACUUCACUGCCAGGAAUCGUGCACUAGUUACAUAUAGUUCUUUUUUAAUUUUUAUUUAUUGAUUUGAGAGAGAGAGAGAGAUCUAUUUGUUGUUCCAUGUAUUCAUUGGUUGAUUCUCAUAUGUGCCCUGACUGGGGAUUGAACCCACAACUUUGGCACAUGGGGACAAUGCUCUAAACAACUGAGCUACCCAAUCAGGGCCUACAUAUAGUUUUUUUGAUGCUACAUUUGUUUAUAAUAAAUAGAAUUGACAUUAUCAAUUCAUUUCACCACUACCUGUGGAAUUGUAAUUCAAAUUGAAAGAGAUGACCUACAGAUGAAAGACACCUGAGACCUAAUUACUCUUCUAAACUAUAUUCUUAAAAAAAUUUCUCAGUUGAAAAAGUCUCCUAAACAGAAUUUCCUCUGUUAAGUCCCAAAUAAAAGAGACAUAAUUUCUAUAAGUAGCUUAAUGUGAAUAUUUUUGCUGUCUAUAUCCUUACAAACUAAAUACAGCACCCUAUAUAGACAUCAUAAACUUUAAAGUGGGACUAAGUGUUUUCACAUAUGAAAUUAAGCUUGUGUCUUCCCUCUUUGUGGAUUUCCUGUCUCCAGGGUAAGUUGGACUCAUUCUGAUUAUCCCAGCCAUUGCAAUGUUAUUAUCUGUUCCUGGGAAUAUUUAGCAUUUCAUUUUUUAAGUAAACUGUGCAGUUAACAUGACAAAGGUGAGUGUUAAUAUUCCUAGAAAAGUUCUAUAAAAGGUUUAUUCCCAGUUCACGUUAAAACUUUACCCCACUUUCUUAUUUUCUCGAAAUGACCUCAGUGCAUUGCCAAGAAAGUGAAAUACGGAUUCCUCAGUGUUCUCAGAGCACAGUAUAACACGUCAGCUCAGUUUCCGUUAUGUCAUGAUAAAAUUGCUCAGUGAAAUACAGUGAACCAUCUACUUACUACAAAACAACAAUUCCAAUAAUCCGUCCGGUUUACAUACUUUAAAUUUAGCAACACUAGAAAUUUCCUUAGUGUGAAGUACUGAUUAAAAUGUGCAUAUGCCUGGCUUUCUAUUGGAUCAUAUUUCAAGAUGUUUUACUUUCCUUACAUUAAGACCAUUGAAAACUUAACACAGACUACAUUAGAAUGGAAAAAGGACAUAUUAUUGUGUCAAACAUGAAAAAUGGAAAAGUCUUUAUUGUGAAUUCUUCAUUCAUAAUAGCCAUCAAAUUAUUGAACUGUUUAAUUUAUCCCAUUGUGAUUAUAUGAAUUUAAGAUGUUUUCUCACUAUAUGUGUUAAAUUGUUACCUAUAAAUGUCUUCCUGGAAAAAUAAGAUUAUUUGUAAGGUUUUUAUAAAUGUACAAUGAGUGUGUAAAUAUAAUUGGAAUCUGG